ACCUAUCACCUGUCUCAGUCAAUCGUUGAAGGAGGAGAAAGACACAGACGGAGACAAGAGAAAGCAAAGCUGGACAAAGGGCCAUUCAAGACCUCUUUAAAGAGCAUCAAAUCAAUUUUCACUCCACAUUGUAGAGGUUGUGGACUUCGAGAUAAUGUUUGAAACCUUGAACAAACAUAUCCAGGAUACUCUGGUGGAGCGAAAGAGCCGCAGGAGCAGACUAGUGACCAAAGAUGGUCGCUGCAACAUCGAAUAUGGAAACAUCAAGUACAGCAAACACUUUGCCUUCCUGGCUGACUUCUGGACAACCUUUGUGGAAAUCCGGUGGCGUUUUGUUCUUUUCAUCUUCAUUGCCUCUUUCACCCUCAGCUGGUUCAUCUUUGGCCUGCUGUGGUACUGGAUCGCCCGCAGCAAUGGAGACCUGACCUGGCAAAACCCCCCAGUUGACCACACCCCAUGUAUUGACAAUGUUGGAGGUCUCACCACAGCGUUCCUCUAUUCCCUAGAAACCCAGACAACUAUUGGGUAUGGUGGACGGGCACUCACCCCUCUCUGCCCUGGUGCUGUGGCGCUACUCAUCAUCCAGUCCCUCCUUGGAGCCAUUAUCAACUGCUUUAUGUGUGGAAUCAUCCUGUCCAAAAUCUCUUUGCCUAAGAAGAGGGCAAAGACCAUCACCUUCAGUGACAUGGCUGUAAUCAGCUCCAGAAAUGGUGCUCUCUGCCUGUCAAUCAGAGUGGCCAACCUGCGCAAGACCCUGAUGAUAGGAAGCCAGCUGUACGGCAAACUGCUGAGAACGACAUACACACCAGAUGGGGAGACGAUCAUCAUGGACCAGGUGAACAUCGACUUCACGGUGGAUGCUGGGAAGGACAACCUCUUCUUCGUAUGCCCCCUCACACUCUACCACAUCAUUGACAAGAGCAGCCCUUUCUUCGAGAUGGCAGUGGACACACUCCACAAGCAAGAGUUUGAGCUGGUCGUCUUCCUAGAUGGCACAGCUGAGUCCACCAGCUCCUCCUGCCAAGUGCGGACCUCAUUUAUUCCUCAGGAGAUCAUGUGGGGCUACAACUUCUUGCCCAUCAUUUCCAGAAGCAAGGAGGGCAAGUACAGAGUAGAUUUCUCCAACUUCUCUAAAGUGGUACCCAUAGUGACUCCACACUGUGCCUAUUGUUUCCACAAUAUCAAGGGUCAUCACCUCCACUCCAGAGACGGAUUUGACAACCUGGGCUUUGAGGUGAUUGAUAUCGAUCCCCCAAAUGUCACCAAGUUGUGAGAUGGGGGAGACAAUGACAAUUGCAAAUCUCAAGAGAAAGACUGAAGACAAACAGGUGCUAGAGGCCGGUAGGGCAACCUAACGGUAGACAGUUCAUUGUGUAUCAUUUAAAUGUGAAGAUAAAGAAAACCUACUUAUUUGUUUGUGUUUAACAGAGAUAAGGAAUCUGUCAGGACAGUUAUUGUUGAGAAUUUGUUUCUAAAACCACGCCUGCCACUGUCUGCCUGACCAAAAACCUGUUUUCUAUAGGGAGGCCAGGUUAGGCAAGAUGGUAAAACUACAGUUCAAGAACCAAAAGAGAGAAAAGCCUUUUCCAAGUAUACAUGUGCUCUUGAAGACCAUUAGUUCUGAUUUAUCUUUGACCUUGUACAUCUGGUUUACCGAGUAUGGAGAGGCAGAAAAAACAAAGAAAAUGUAUAAUCCUGAAUAUACAUCUUGUAAUUACUUGAAAGACCAGUGUUGGAGGUCGUACUUGUAAGAAAACGAUGAAGUAGUUCAAUAGUUCAUGUAACUGUAGGCUAUCAUGCACAAGAGACACUUGCACUUGAACCAUCAGAGUUUGUUUUUAACUAUUCAGACAUGGAGGCACUAGCAAGGGGUUGGGGUAUGGGGCCAGUCUUUUUGAACAGUGUGUGAUGUAGUUGUACUUUUUUUGAGUAAAGACACUGGGAGAGAACAAAGCUCUCAGGAAAUGUGUAAAAAUAUGGCUGCAAGCAGCACUGACUGUACUGUAAUAAUUUUGUCUUUUUUUGUAUUUGAUACCCAGGGGAGAAUAUAUCCGGAGCCCUUCUGGUGACAUGUGGGACAAAAAUAUUGCGUGGCCACGACAUAAUGCCACAAGUUAUGAAUCUGUUCCUUAAUAACAAGACCUGGCGAACUCAACUGAACAAACCGCUUGGAUGAGAGAUGAAACAUUUCACUUAAUCACAUGAUGUAGCCUCAGGCUUUAGUUUGAUAAACACUGAGGACACACUGUGGUGGAAACAUUUGCAAAUAAUUAAUAGAGACAAGUUUCACCAGGUAAAUCUGUGAACAAUCUCUCUCCCAUUCCAAAUAAAUAUUUAGUUUGUAUAAAAGUAUAUAAAGCUAUGUUUGAUUAUUAUGACUUAUUAUCUCGUUACUAUGCGUUAUGUUGUGGCCAUGCAAAUGUAUUUGCUCCCAAAUUCCCCGGAGGGGCUCCGUAAGAAUACACUGA